UAAUAAUUGCUGCGGUCCUGCACUUCAAAGAUGGCAGCGCUCAUCUGUGGUCAUGCGCGGAGUACAUUGGGUAAAUGCUUUCAAAUUUUGCAAGGGACUGUUGCGAAAGGACUAGUUGUGCAGCCAUCCCGAGGUGCACGUACCAAGCCGAAGAAAUGCCUGGGACUGCUGCGCAAUCAUCAUUGGAGGAUAGCAGCUGGUCUUCCCAGGCGCUGGAACGAAACUCGUGAAUUUGCUGACACACCAGACUGGACAUUCAAUGAUGGAAGGCCGACUCCAUUGACUGGGAGGCAGAGGAAACGAUAUCUCCAGCAGAUGGAAUAUUGUACAACCAUUGUGAGGUAUUUAAAGGAAAUCAAGGAUGCCCAGGAAGCAAAUGUGCGUGUUGCUCAGGAAGAGGAGGAGAUCAAGAAGCGUGUUGCUUCGGGAAAGUUCAGGCAGAAAGGCAUUGAUGAACUGAAGGUACAUCAGCCAAACCGAACAAAGCAAAGUGCUGAAACAUAGUUCAUUUGAACAGGAAAGUAGAUUUUGUAUUUCUGUACACGUGCUCGUUUAGUAUUAAAGUAAAAUUUGUUGCUGGUA